AUGGUCAGUAGCAGCUCUUUGGGUUCUUAUGUUAAGAUAAUGCGUAUAGGGCAAGGUGCCUUUGGAGACGUGUGGCUUGCUGAGGAUGUUAUCUCUAAACGUCGUGUAGCACUGAAAAAGUUAAUAUCUAAGGAAAGUAGGGAAGGUUUUUCUAAAACUGCUAUACGUGAAAUUGUACUUUUAACUAAUUUAAAGCAUAGAAAUAUUGUGGAUUUAUAUGGAGUUGUAUUUUCUAGACCUCAAAGCUCAGAUGACAAUGGUGAAUUAGUGAGUCAACUUCCAAAUGGUGGUGCAUUGAGUAGUCUCUACGUAAAUAAUGUAAAUCGUGGUUCAAUUUGGAUGGUAUUUGAAUACUUACCCUAUGAUUUAUCUGGAUAUAUGGAAGGGUUAAAACUAGAGGGUAAGUUAAUAAAAGUCAUAGAUAUAAAAGUUAUUAUUCGUCAAUUACUAGAAAGUUUGGAGUUUUGUCAUAUGCACAACACAAUCCAUAGAGAUAUAAAGUGUGCAAAUCUAUUAAUAUCUAGUGAUGGAGUUGUAAAAUUGGCUGAUUUUGGAUUGGCUAGAUAUUAUAAUGUAAGAUAUAGGACUUUGACAAAUAGAGUCGUAACUUUGUGGUAUAGAUCUCCAGAACUUUUAUUAGGAGCUCAAAGCUAUGAUACCCCUGUAGAUAUGUGGUCUGUAGGUUGUAUAUUAGGUGAAUUGAUUUUACAACAACCAUUAUUCUGCAGUGAAACAGAAGUUGGAGUAUUGAAGAUGAUUGGAGAAACUUUGGGACCUCCUUCUAGUGAUGUAGUUCAUGAUUUGAAGAAACUUCCUUUAUGGAAUGAUUAUGAAAAUAAUCCACUUCUUCCAAUUUUAGGUUCAGGGACAGGUAAUAAAUAUCGACAAAUGAUUCAUAGAGUAGAGGAAAAGGUAGGAUCUCAAGGUCUAGAUCUACUUUUGCAGUUAUUACAAUACUCACCAUCAAAACGUCUGAAAGCCAAGCAAGCUUUAUCUCAUCCAUGGCUACAGCAUGGAGAGAACAAUGAGAGUCUCCCUGAUCACUUAGAUAUGUCAGUAUUUACUCAAAAAAAGCAAUUCCAUUCUCUCAGUGCAAGAAAAUUACGAGACAAACUACAGGGACGUCUUAAAAUUCCUUCAACAUCAGAGAUUGGAGGGGCUGUAAAUGCAAUAAUUGGAAAGGCCUACAAUGUUGGAACUUUAAGGGAACAAUUAAAAGAUAAGCACCGUAAUUCUAUUGGUAUUAUUCAGAACAUUAAAGAAGGCAUAAAUGAACAGAUAGAUAUUAAAAAGAGAGCAGUAGUUACAAUAAACCAAGGAAAUAUAAAUACUUCGACUAUAAAACGAUCUAGGAGUAGAGAAAGAAUAAGCCCAGAUCCUAGUAGAUGGAAAACUAGAAGUUUAUUUGAACAUAGAAAUUCGAGACGCGAUAGAAAAGAUAGAGUAGAACAUGAAUGGAGAAAUGAAAGGGAUAUUGAUUAUGAUCGAAACAGACACUUAGAAUAUUCAGAUAGAGAUGAUUAUUAUGGAAGAAGAGACAAUUGUGUAUAUUCAUAUUCAAGAAGGGAGGUAGAGUAUAAUAGAACAAGACAUUACAAUAGAUCUCCAUCUCCAAGUGGGUUACGAAGACGUUUAUCACCAUCUCAUCGUAGCUCAGGAAAUGACUACUAUUAUAGAAGAAGAGAAAGUUCACACUCUUAUUACGAUAAUAGAGCUAGAGAUUAUAAUAGAAGACGAGAUUAA